GUGCUUCCUCCAUUUCUUUCUACCAGCAUGUGGAUCCAAAAAGCUUUUCUAUCUUGAGAAAUUUUCUUCAGAAGUGUACGGUUAUCAUCUUUUUGAGUUCCUUAGCUUAUGAAACUCUAUCCCUCGACUCUAAAUUUCAGGCUUGUAUGCCUCAAUCAUGCGGAAAUGGCCCUUAUAUUAGCUAUCCUUUUUGGAUUUUUCAGGAACAAGAUUCCUUCCGUGGCUACCCAAACUUUGAGAUCACCUGCAAAAACAACAGCCCAGUUCUUAUCAUAUCUGAUGAUAAUUAUUUCAUCAAAGAUAUAUGGUACUCCAACAAUACCUUUGUUGUGGUCAAUGUUGUAGUCUAUGAAGAAAUGUGUCCAAUUCCUCUGCAAAAUGCUACUUUUGAUCGAACUCCAUUCAAUGCUGCUAGCAAUACUUCCAGUUAUUCUUCUGCUGUUUUCCAUGAAGAAGGUUUGGAGAGCAGUAACUACUACUUAGGGUCAUGCCAAUCUUUUGUUAAUGCCCCAGUGUAUAUGGAUAUGGAUACUUCCAGUAAUUUCACAAGUCUGUUGAAAGCAAACUAUUCUGAAAUCCUGAGGAUGGGUUUCCUUCUGAAUUGGACUGCACAUAGUUGCAGCAAUUGUGAGAGCAGUGGUGGGCGCUGUGGAGUGGUAAUGAUCAGUUCAUUUGUUUUUGCCAGGAUAGGACUCAUUCCAAAACGUGCAAUGAUGGUAAUUCCAUAGGAAAUUCACCUUUCCAAUUUUUACUGUCGUUUUUUCCCUCAAAUUACUAACAUAGUUUAUUAGGCUUAUUUUCAGUAGAUUGAGGGCCUAAUUAGUUCCUCUGCUUGUUAAUGUUGUAUUUUUUUUUUCCUUGUGCUUGCUUCUUGGCCUGAUAGAUGUCUUGUGUUUUGUUUCUUUUGGUUUUUUUGCAAAUACUUUCAUGAUUUUUAAGUAUUGAUUUACUUUUGCUUGUUGGGAAGCAAUUAACCACAUGGCAUGGUAUUCAUCCUAAAUGAUUCUAGAAAGUUUGUUGUGAUUCAAUGUAGUGUUCUGUUCUUUGCCUUUUCCUUAUUCAUCCUAAGAUUUCAUGAAGCCUAUAAUUGCAAUUAUUCUCCAUAUUAUCUAACCAUUUUUUGCUUUAUGUUCUUACUGUCAAAGAUAAAUGGCCUUUGGGACUGAAGCUUGGAAUAGGUAAUUUAAUACAAUGACUAUUCUUUC